UAGCUCACACUCGGACUUCCAAAGCUCCGCGUGUGUCCCCGCCGUCACAUCCACGCCCGCGCAGCCCCUACCGAGGACACCCAGCCCGCCCGUGGAUCAGGAUGUCCUUCCAAGGCAAGAAGAGCAUUCCUCGGAUAACGAGUGACCGCCUUCUCAUCAAAGGUGGGAAGAUUGUGAACGAUGACCAGUCCUUUCAUGCUGAUCUGUACGUGGAAGAUGGUCUGAUUAAGCAAAUUGGAGAAAAUCUUAUCGUCCCUGGGGGCAUCAAAACCAUUGAUGCUCACGGCCUGAUGGUACUGCCUGGGGGAGUUGAUGUCCACACCCGGCUGCAGAUGCCUGUGCUGGGCAUGACCCCAGCUGAUGAUUUCUGUCAGGGCACCAAGGCGGCCCUAGCGGGCGGAACCACAAUGAUACUGGACCAUGUGUUUCCUGACGCUGGUGUGAGUCUGCUGGCAGCCUAUGAGCAGUGGCGGGAGCGAGCGGACAGUGCAGCCUGCUGUGACUACUCCCUACACGUGGACAUUCCCCGCUGGCACGAGAGCACCAAAGAGGAGCUGGAGGCCCUAGUCAGGGACAAAGGUGUGAAUUCCUUCCUGGUCUUCAUGGCAUACAAGGACAGGUGCCAGUGUACUGAUGGUCAGAUAUAUGAAAUCUUCAGCCUCAUCCGGGACCUUGGAGCUGUGGCCCAGGUGCAUGCAGAAAAUGGGGACAUCGUGGAGGAGGAACAGAAGCGUCUGCUGGAGCAAGGCAUCACUGGUCCUGAGGGCCAUGUGCUCAGCCACCCAGAAGAGGUAGAGGCCGAGGCUGUGUACAGAGCAGUCACCAUUGCCAAGCAGGCCAACUGCCCACUAUACAUCACCAAGGUGAUGAGCAAGGGUGCAGCUGACAUGGUUGCCCAGGCCAAGCGCAGGGGGGUAGUCGUCUUUGGGGAACCUAUCACUGCCAGCCUGGGCACUGAUGGCUCACACUACUGGAGCAAGAACUGGGCCAAGGCUGCGGCCUUCGUCACUUCACCCCCUAUCAACCCGGACCCUACUACUGCAGAUCACCUCACCUCUCUGCUGUCCAGUGGGGACCUCCAGGUGACAGGCAGUGCACACUGCACCUUCACUACUGCCCAGAAGGCUGUUGGCAAAGAUAACUUCACGCUGAUCCCCGAGGGCAUCAACGGUGUAGAAGAGCGCAUGUCUGUGGUCUGGGAGAAAUGUGUGGCUUCAGGGAAAAUGGACGAGAAUGAGUUCGUUGCCGUGACCAGCACAAAUGCUGCCAAAAUCUUCAAUUUUUACCCCAGGAAGGGGCGUGUGGCUGUGGGCUCUGAUGCUGACCUGGUCAUCUGGAACCCAAGGGCCACGAAAGUCAUCUCUGCCAAGAGCCACAACCUGAAUGUAGAGUACAACAUCUUUGAAGGCGUGGAGUGCCGAGGAGUGCCCACAGUGGUCAUAAGUCAGGGCAGAGUGGUGCUGGAGGACGGAAACCUGCUUGUCACCCCAGGGGCUGGCCGCUUCAUUCCCCGGAAGACAUUCCCGGACUUUGUCUAUAAGAGGAUAAAGGCUCGCAACAGGCUAGCAGAGAUCCAUGGUGUGCCCCGAGGCCUGUAUGACGGGCCUGUCCAUGAAGUGAUGUUACCUGCCAAGCCAGGGAGCGGCACACAGGCUCGUGCAUCCUGUCCAGGCAAGAUCUCAGUGCCUCCUGUGCGUAACCUGCAUCAGUCAGGGUUCAGCCUAUCUGGCUCUCAGGCUGACGAUCACAUUGCCAGACGCACAGCUCAGAAGAUCAUGGCACCCCCUGGAGGACGCUCCAACAUCACUUCUCUUUCCUAGACUUGGGGUCUGGCAAGCUGGUGCUGCCCCCACUGGCAGGGUGUGGGGACUACUCACUUCAGUUAGCUCCUUCCUUUGUAGAUGUUAUUGUGAAAGGUGCUUGGCCUUGCCCUCCCCCUCCCCACAAGCUCUCUCUUGGGAGUCCCAGCCCCCACUCUGAGGUACCCCCUCCAGAGGGCUGAAUCCAGAGAGAGUUCACUGCCAGAGUGAGAGGAUUAGGCCUGGCAGUGAGCAGGUGCCUCUUGCCCCCCUGACCUUACCAUGAAGGCCCUCCAGGAGAGCUCUUGGCCUCCAGCCUGUGAGCUUUCCAGGGUCUGGGUAUAGGCAGGGUGGGCGUUUGCUGCUGCCACCCCCUAAGAAAUCACUGCCCUGUGGAAGCCCCCAAGCUUCCACCAGUUCUGUGUUGCUAAGAUGCAGCUACCCCUUGGGGGCUUGUCCCCCUGGCUGCCCUGUGUAGGGAGGAGAGCAUGUGAGCGGAGCCUCCGCCUUGGAGGUUGUUGAUUUCAGGGAUUCACCAGUUACUCAGUGCAGGGGAGCUCCCUCCCACAUAGACACUUUCCAGGACCAAACCUGAGCUCCUAUAGCAGCUGCCUCUAGGGAGUGUGACGAUCCCUUAGCUAAGAUGAGCUCCUAUAGCAGCCGCCUCUAGGGAGUGUGGCGAUCCCUUAGCUAAGAUGAGCUCCUAUAGCAGCCGCCUCUAGGGAGUGUGGCGAUCCCUUAGCUAAGAUGAGCUCCUAUAGCAGCCGCCUCUAGGGAGUGUGGCGAUCCCUUAGCUAAGAUGAGCUCCUAUAGCAGCCGCCUCUAGGGAGUGUGACGAUCCCUUAGCUAAGACACUUUCUUUUCCUACAAAGUCUGUUUCCAUAGGUUUAUUAGAGUAGCGGUUUUGUACUGUGAGGAAACCAUGGCCAGGGAUCUGCAUGCUGCUGUACCAGAUGCUGGCCACCGGCCAAGCCUGAUGUGAGUCAGGUCAAUAAAAAAGUCUGGGUUAGAAGUU